AUGGCAUCGUCCAAUCGUAUUGCUGCAUAUCUGAUUGAUGGGCAAAUUGUGCAAUCCAUGGCGGCAACCUACUUUCGGUCGUACGCGGCGUCCGACAUAGAAGGAUACGUGGCCGCGUUCAGACGCGAUGGGUUUGUCGUGAUAGACGACGUACUGACGAGUGACGAAUGCAUUGCAUCGUGCGCCGAAAUAUGGGAUUACCUGGAACGCGAUGGAAAGGUCCAUCGCGACGACGCCGCCUCAUGGGGAAACGACUCGUGGCCACGAGAAGUGUGUCGCAACGGCGGCUUUGUGGGGCGCUUUCCGUUCUGGAAACGCAUGAAGAAGCUGGAACCCACGUUUCUGAACAAGCAGCCCCAAUCCUGGCGCAACCGACAGAACGAAGUCGUGUACACAGCCUUUGCCAACAUCCUCGAGGCCGACCAGUUGUGGGUGAGCAUCGACAGAUAUGGCGUCAUGCGUCCAGGAAAGGUCGCGCACGAACUGCUCGAGUCAGCUGUGGAGGCCACAGAACCGAACAAAAACCUCGACUGGACCACCAAGGACGAAUGGCUGCACUGGGACUUGAGUCCGUUUCAUUUUGGCACGUCAGCCGCAGGGUUCCUUCCAAACGAAGAACUUGGCCAUGUUCGAGAGCAGUACGGAGGCGUUCGAGUGCAAGGGCUGAUUGCGUUGCGUGACUGCCCCGUGGAAAGCGGCGGCUUUCACUGCGUCCCUGGCUUCACCGACGAUCGCUUCUUCAAUUGGGCCAAGGACCAUGAGCACUCGUACGGGUCGUUGCCUGAAGUGGCGGCCAGGAACUUUAUUGAAGUGCCGAAAGACGAUCCUAUGCGCCGAGAGAUCACUCGAGUUCCCAUGAAGGCUGGCUCGCUGCUGAUUUGGAACAGUCAGCUGCCGCAUGGCAACUUUCCAAACAAUGGUGUGGACUUUCGCAUGGUUCAAUAUGUCAAGAUGAUCCCCACCAAGGACAAGGAAUUUCUGCCUGCGAUGAAGUUGUCCACGUUUGAUCGUACUGCUUGGUACGUAUACAAAUGUCCUGCUGUGGUGGCGUCAUUCUAACUGGUUUAGGUUCCCUGCCGACUUUACCCCAUCAAAGUUGGGGGCCAAAUUACUCGGACUUGACGAGUGGUGACGUGGCACGAUGGCGUAUGUUUGUCAAUAGUUCAACUAUACAUCAUACACACAAGAUAUAGGUCUCGGCGGUUGUACUAGUAACGUUAUCGCAAAUCCAAUACUCGUAUUGCAACGAGUAGGCAUGGAGUAAGUGUAUAGACAAUACUAGUAUAGUAUAACGAAGUUUUAGUCGCGUUUGUAAAUCGAGUGGAUAGCCAUGGACGGAUGUGCUUGGCGGGGAUGCUCCUUUUCCCGUAUGCUUGGUGGGAAGUGUUCGAUCCGAGCCUUGUUGACAAUGUCGUACGGCCGGCCUGCUUGGCCUUGGUCCCGCAAGUGUUGUGCCCUGGAUAAAUAUAUAUAUAUAUAUACAAACA